CGCCAGCUACCCCAUUACACUCCCAGCUUUAUUUGAGAGAGGCAGCCAAGCAAAACUAACAAUCCGCCAUAUAUAGCUCUAGCUUCACUGUCUCCGAGCUAGCUUGGACGAGCUAGCUAAGCUAAGUGAGCUGUUGGAUAUGAUGCCGGCGCCGGAGAAGGAGAUGCUGCAGCGGCGGGAGAGGGAGCUGCUGGCGCAGCUGCACGAGCUGCUCUACUCCCCGUCGUCCUCCUCAUCUCCGGCUCCCAGCGCAGGAGAACCGUCCUGGACGUCGUCCUCGUCGGGCAUAUUCAACAACAUGGCGGCUGACCUGCAGCUCACUGACGAGUGCUCGCCGGUGAAGAAGCCGGCAGCGCCAUGUGUUGCCGGGAGGCGGCGGGGCAGCAAGAGGAGAGACCUUGAGGUUGAGGAGCAGGUACUGCAAGAAGAACAUGGCGGCUGCGGCGGCGGCGCGAGAGCCAAGAGGAGGAAGAAGAAGAAGGAAGCCGGGGGAGCGACGAGGACGCUGGUGACGACGGUGCCGGAUUUCGACGGCUACCAGUGGCGGAAGUACGGCCAGAAGCACAUCGAAGCCGCCAGAUACCCAAGGAGCUACUACCGGUGCACCAACAGCACGGACCAGGGCUGCCCGGCCAAACGCACGGUGCAACGCAACGAAGACGGCGCCGACGGCAGCGAUGGCGGGACGAAGGCGGCGCCCAAGUACACGGUGGUGUACAUCUCGGCGCACACCUGCAAGACGACCGAUUCCGCGCUUGUGCCGCCGGUGAUCCUCGAGACCACUGUCCCGGACGUCGUUCCUGCUUCCAGCAGCAGUUGCUCCGGUAGUACUUCUUGCAUCACCGGGACGACAACGACAAACUCUCCCGUGAGCUCCUCCGACGCCACUACUUGGAGCGAACGCCGCGGUUGCUCGUCCAAGUUCGCCGUCGACGAUGACAAUCUUGAUUAUUCUUGCUGGGAUGCAAGUACAGUGGCGGUGCGGCCGUCUGCCGCUGCGUUGCUAGCCCAGGAGAUGGUGGACGACUUUGCCGGGCCGAUCAGGUCGCCGGUGCAUGCCGUGGCGGGGGGAGACUGGACCAACGACUUCUUCGUCGGCGAGCCUCCGUGUGUUCUCAACAGCUGCCAACUAUUUGGUUUCUAGACCUUUCUAGAUGUUGCUCAAUGCAAGCGUUAGUUCAGACUGCUUCAGUAUGCAUUAAUUUCUUCUUUUCGAUCUUCGAUCAAGUUGAAAAUCAAUUUCCCCAAUUCUAGUUUUUGAUGCCCAUGAGGAGUGGGCAUGGUUCGAUCCAUUAGGGCUCGGCACUCCUAACCGGCGAUCCAAAAUGCCAUAUAGGUACAAAUGGAUAAUCCAUUUACUGAUCUCCAGUGAACCGUAUGCUUUAUGGAACCAAAGGCCCGGACCAUGUAUUUUAGCAUCAUAGUGCCAAACAACUUCCAACUAGCAUCGUUAACUUCCUCUCGCUGGGGAAUUCCAAGGAAAACGGAUUUCAACUGCUGCAUCAAAAACUGCUUUCAACGCCACGUCAUCUUCCCCGACCCGUUUUCGAUGCCAAAUCUGCUGCCAUUGCUCUAGUGACAGCUGGUGAUGUGUCUUGGGUCAGGAAGAAACUGAGAAACUGAUGUGGCAUCAAAAUCAGGUCGGGGAAGAUGAUGUGGCAUCUGACUGGUGGCUUCGGGUUGUCGAAAACGCCAUCAACCAGCUUUAUUAUCGAGAUUAGGGUUUUUUGAGACCAGCUGCCCCAGAAGUUGUGAUUUUGUGAGACUGUUACAAACUAACGUGGUUUUGU